CUGAUGAAAGGAUCGUGUUCUAGAGUUUACACAGGAAGGUGCAUGUUAUUGUACCAAGGAGAGUGAAGAUGGCGGUGUAUGUUCGCUGCGGGCUUCUUUUUAUAGUGUCAUGUUUCCUCUGCGGUGUCGCCUCGGGUUCAUUGGGCUUCCUCAACCUCGAGGAGCUGACGGAGAUGAAAUACGGUAUCGAGAUCCUCUCAGAACCGGUGAUCAAAGGGCAGAGCAAAUCAGACAACAUAGUCACCAUCUCCUCCAAGUACAAGCAAAAUUAUGAGUGCAAGCUUCCAGCUAUUGCUGUCAAGUUUCAUCAAGACAAAGAUGAAGAACAGCAGACGUAUUCAGGGCUUGGGAUAUCUGAUCUGCUUAAGCCCAUGGAAGCAGCUCCGUGUCUCAUCAAGACUAAAGAUUGGUGGACGUAUGAGUUCUGUUACGGAAAACAUAUACAUCAGUACCAUGUUGAAGAAUCUGAGGUGAAGGGGGACAUAUUGUACCUCGGGAAUUACCAGUCUGAGUUUGACUGGAACAAUGAAACUGCAAAGGCUUCAAAGCAUCAUCGACUGAAACGUUAUCACAGCCAGAUGUAUGUCAAUGGCUCCAAAUGUGAUUUGAAUGGAAAGUCCAGGGAAACAGAAGUCAGGUUUAUGUGUGAAGAAGGCUCCGGAGAUUACAUUGCACGUGUUGAUGAGCCUCAGUCUUGUACAUACGUCCUGACUGUGCACACCACUCGCAUCUGCCAUCAUCCCUUCUUACGUCCGCCUUCCACUGGCAUGCCACAGUCCAUAAGAUGCCAUCCAGCCCUCAGUCCAGAGCAAUAUGUUGAAUAUGUGAAGGCACAAGUGUCUGACACAAAGCGGAUAGUAGAGGAACUAUCAGAGGAGCUCAAAACGCUUGACCUUAAAGCAAAUAAAAUUACCUCUUCUUCAAACCAAGGCUUGAAGAGAAAUGAAGUUGAAGAAUCUAUAUCUACAAGUCCAGAACAGCAAAGUGAAGAAGAUGUACCUAUAGCAUCUGUAGAAGAACAAGGCUUGGAGGAUGAUGCAGCUUUCGUCCAGGAGGACCCGGAAGCAGACUUCUGGAAUAAGAUACUUGGACAGCAGAAUGAAGAAGGGCAGGCGACAGAGGCAGAUGACACGGAAGCAUUCCCCAGUUUAAAUAAGCCACCGGAUGCACCUGCAGAUUUGUCAAAGAAGCUUCGCUAUAGAGUAAUACGGAAUCCGGAAGACCUGAUGAAAUUCAUCACGGAACUAAAACAGACUCCUAAAAAGACGGAGAAGAAAACUGAUGGAAAUGACAGAAGUUUACAGGGUGCACACAGUGAAGAAGACUCGGGCUCUUUAGCAGAUAGACAAACGGAAGAAGAGGAAGAUGAACAGAUAAUAAUGCAAGAGUUUGAGAAGGAACUGGAAAAUAUUCUGCUGCCCAAAUCGGAUGUGUCUCAGAUAAAGGACAAUGUGAAAACUGAGAUGGAGAAGGAAUUUGAUAACAUUAUAAAUGAGGCAAAAGAAGAGCUUGAGACUGAAGGUCUGAAGGGAGAAUUUGAUCGUAAGCAGGCAUCUACGUCUCUGGCUACAACACUGAACAAACUAAUAGACAAACUGGAUAAUGCUGUAAACGGCAAAGAAGAUGAGACGGAGUCUUUAGAGAAUGGUGAUGUCCUCAGCCAAAGCAGCACCGAAUCUGCGGUACAAGCACCUAGUGAUGAUCAUACUGAUGGUCGUGUUAAAGUCAGGGUCACUAAGAUACGUCGAGGCAGCCCUGAGCAGAAUGAAAGGAAGGUGAGAGAGAUGAGCCACGAAAACUCACAGCUGAAACAAAUUGAGAAUGUUAUUAAAGACCUGCUUGAAAAGGAAGGGCUGAAGGCAGAAGGUAAAAUAGAAAUAAAAAUACUCACAACGGGUGGAUUUGGAGAUGAUGACAAUGCACACUUGCUUUCAGAAGAGGAUACCAAAACCUUGAAAGAUAUUGUCUUCAAUAUACUGGUUCAAGGCACAGAAGAGGCACAUAAAGAACAGAAGCGGCAGCAGCAGCUGGAAGACAACUACCGGUUUGUGUGGACCCAAGAUCAAGAUGAUUCAAAAAGCACCAGUGCAGCAACAGACUCAGAUGAUGUGGAAUUUUAACUUAAACAUUGAACUCGGCGACCAGAGGAAGACCGAAAAACAUUGGACUGUAUAGUGGACUACGGCUUCAUCACAAACUUAAUGGCAAGGUGCAACAUUCUAUAGGUCGUGGAUUACGGUCUUGUAGAAGACCUGUGAUAAAGCCAGCACCAGAAUUUACCCGCUGGACAUUACAAAACAUAAUAAGAUGGACCUUUAUUUUAAAUGCGGUUUCCUUUUAAGUGUUUGGUGCUAAAGUGAAAAGACUUUGAAUUGUUUUUCCCAAAAUAAAAUUAAAGGCUUAAA